CUCCACGGACUGUUAACAGUGACGGACAGUUGCUUGUUUACCACCCGUGUCAAAGCUAACCGUCCCUUUCCUGGAACGGGUUCACAAUACAUUCCCACGACACCGCUUCAUAACCUUUUUUUAUUAAAGUUAUUAUAUGUAACCGAGGAUGAUUGAGAAAUAUGGCCGAAGACGAGCUUGCCGCGUUCAGGGAGCGUUGGAAAGAGGAAUUAACGAGUGACAGAGACGAGCGGCAACUUGUCUGCGCCGCGUCCCCUUUGUCGGAUGCUCGCGGCCGGAGAGACCCAAAAAAUAGCUAUUUUCAAAACUUGGAAAACCUCAACGAGGACCGUAGUCCUUCAAGAGAAGCAACGGGAGGCUGCGUCCAAGGAGCUUCGGCGGGGUCGGAUUCAGAGGAUCAGCCCGAAUAUGUGUCCAUUGCGCGCAGCUUGCUGGACGGGAGGACCAGUCCCCUGCGGGACAGGAUUCAGGAGGAGAGAACCAGGAGGAAGAGGCAGUACCAAAGCAUGACUAGUGCGUGCAGUGCAUCCUUGCAGCAGCAGAGGCUGCAGCAGCAGCAGCAGCAGCAGCAGCCUGAGAGGAAGGGGAAGAAAGAAGAGGAGCUGUUGGAUCAACUCAUUCAGGAUCUGAACGAAGUUAACGACAUCCCCUUCUUCGACAUUGAUUUGCCGUACGAGUUGGCCCUGAAGAUCUUCCAAUACCUGGGCCGGGCCGAGCUGGGCCGAUGUGCACAGGUGAGCCGGGCGUGGAGAGUGCUCGCGGAGGACGGCGUUCUGUGGUUCAGGAUGUGCACGGCGGAGGGCCACCAUCGGGAGGCCGGCGUGUCCGACUCGCCCUGCUGGAAGAGCACGCUGCGGGACUGCAGGAGCUCGGCCAGAACCGUGCGCUCCAACUGGAAGAACCGGGUGGGAUCCAUCAGCCAGCUGCAGUUCGAGUUGGGGAAGGUGCUGUGUGACGUCAGCUGCUCGGACCGCUUUGUCCUGGCCGGGUACACGUCGGGCGACGUGAGGCUGUGGGACACGCUGCACUGGGACUCGCCCGCCUCUUUCCUGAAGGUUAACGGCCUGUCGGCUCACUGCGUCCCCAGGCCCCCCGUCAGCCACGUCCAGGUCAACAGCACCGUGGCCGCUGCCGCUUAUGAAGACGGCUGCGUGGACCUGUGGAGCACGGAGACGGGCGGAGAGCCCGUCCAUCACUACCAGAGCCCCGAGAGGAUCCGGGCCCUGGCCCUCAGCCCCGACGGCGCCGCGCUGGGCUCGGCCGCCGGGGCCCACGUCCGGCUGGUCGCCGCCGACGACCGCGGCUACUGGAGGGAGCUGUGUCGGGCGCGGCUCCCCAAGAACGUGGAGAGCCUGGUUCUGGUGCCGGGCCGAGGCCAGGUGGGCCCGCUGGCGGCUCUGUCGGCCGGCGACGCCGUGCACCUGUUGGACCCCCGGUGGGGCGGGGGGCCUCGGACGCUCCACUCCGUCUACGGCCACCCCGUCACCUGCCUGGACGCCUCGGCCUCGCAGGUGGCCUUCGGGGUGAAGCGCGCCGGCUGGGCGGCGCACGACGGAGGCAACAAGAUCCACGUCUGCAGCCUGGAGACGGGCAAACCCGUGGCGUGUGUCGGCGACUCGCUGGGAGACUUCACCUGCGUCGGCCUGAGGGACAGCGCCCCCCACCUGCUGGUGUGCGGGAACAAAGACCGCAGGGUGACGGUGUUUGACCUGCGAGCAGGCUCCUCCGUGGCGUCCCUGUACGCCCACCACCUGGGCGUCACCGCGGUGCAGGCGGACGACUGGAAGGUGGUCAGCGGCGGCGGCGAGGGACUGGUGUGCGUGUGGGAGAUGCGGACGGGGGCGAAGCUGUGGGAGAUGCACAACAGGCAUCCCGUGCGGCGCGUGCGCUUCAACGCCGGCACCCUGGUGACGGCCAACGUCCCCGAUGACAAGUCUCCGAGGGGGGCGUGCAUCACGGACGACGACCUCACGGCUCACCGCAGGUCGCCGCUCUUCUUCUUUCCUCCACAGCCGCCUUCACGAGCUCUUGGAAUGCACCUUUUACAAUUUGCUUCUACGUCUUUCCGUCGCCCCCUCAGGCACAGGGGGGUCAUCUGCCAUUACGACUUCUCGGAGGACGCGUUGUCUCAGGAUCACAUCCUGCCCAUCUGCAGGUCCGACUACGUCGAGUCCUCCGGCUACAACUACAACAUCGGCCUGGCGGUGCCUUACGACCGGCUGCCUGGCUCCCGCCCGCCGCUCUGACCUCUGACCUCUUUUCAAC